AUGAAUGCCCAGCUGUCGAUGGAAAAUAUAGGCGACCUGCACGGCCAUGAGUCCGUGAGCGGUCACGGGGAGCUGCUGAGCGGCCACAGUCCGCACUCCCGUCCGAGCCCCCGGGGGCUAAGCCACCGCGCCAUGGGCAUGGCGACCCUCCUGGACGGCGGAGACUAUCACCACCACCACCCGGGACACCUCCACCCAGCCAUCAGCAUGUGCGAAGCCCCAGGCAUGAGCGCGAGCAGCACUUACACCACCUUGACACCCCUGCAGCCUUUGCCCCCCAUCUCCUCCGUGUCCGACAAGUUUCCGCCGCACCACCACCAUCAUCCUCACGCGCAUCCCCAUCACCCUCAUCCGCAUCCGCACCAGAGGAUCCCGGGUAACGUCAGCGGCAGCUUCACGCUCAUGCGGGAGGACCGCAGCCUGGCUCCCAUGAACUCUCUCUAUCCCGCCUACCACCACAAGGACCCCUGCAUGGGUCAGAGUCUCUCUCCGCUGUCGGGCUCCGGUCUGGCGAGCAUCCACACGACCCAAGCCGGCCUGCCGCCCUACGCCCACCCCGGCGCCGCCAUGCCAGGGGAGAAGAUGCUGACGCCCAGCGGCUUCGAGGCGCAUCACCCCGCCAUGCUGGGACGCCACCCUGAGCAGCAUAUGAGCUCCACGGCGGGGAUGGUGCAGCUGAACGGCCUGCAUCACCAUCCGCACGCCCACCUCGGAGCGCAAGGGCACGGGCAGGGGCUGGGAAACAGCCGGGAGCAGACCUCCGCUCUCGGGCAGCAAGGAGCCAUCAAUGGCGGUGGAGGCGGAGGAGGUGGUGGAGGCCAGAUGGAGGAGGUGAAUACCAAAGAGGUGGCGCAGAGGAUCACCACGGAGCUCAAGCGCUACAGCAUCCCCCAAGCCAUCUUCGCCCAGCGGGUCCUGUGCCGGUCUCAGGGGACCCUGUCAGACCUGCUGAGGAACCCCAAGCCCUGGUCCAAACUCAAGUCCGGCAGGGAGACCUUCCGCCGCAUGUGGAAGUGGCUGCAGGAGCCUGAGUUCCAGCGCAUGAGUGCGCUCAGGCUCGCAGCGUGCAAGCGUAAGGAACAAGACCAUGGCCGCAGCGAGCGAGGCAACCCAGUGGCCAAGAAACCCCGCCUGGUGUUCACAGACGUACAACGGCGUACACUCCAUGCCAUCUUCAAGGAGAACAAGCGUCCAUCCAAAGAGCUGCAGCUGACCAUCGCGCAGCAGCUAGGCCUUGAACUGGCCACUGUCAGCAACUUCUUCAUGAAUGCGCGUCGCCGCAGCCUGGACAAGUGGGUGGACGACGGCUCUGGUCACCCACCUGGCGCCGGUCUCAGCGCCUGCACCAAAGCCUGA